AUGGCUAAAUCUGCAACACCAGAGCAGCUUGCUAACUAUUCUAAGCUUCAUGAUGAAGCUGUUGCUAAACUCCUUACAAUUAAGGAUGAUCCAAAGUGGGAACUCUCAAGUGAAGAGCAAGAAAUCAAGUUCUAUAAAUUAUACAUUGAGUCAUCACCAUUUGCUGCUGCUAAAAGUGUCGUCACAAUCCCAGACACAACACUUGAAGAAGUCAAGAAAGUUCUUCUUCCAAUUACAAUUGUUGAUGAUAAAACACCAGAAAAGCAACGCCAUGGCCUCGACUACUGCUAUGAGCUUUCUGGCAAUGGCACUGACUAUAACUUGUUUGUCACAGCUACAGCAUCACCAGGCCCAUUAGUUUCAGGACGUGAAUUCAUUCUCUACAGAAAGAUGGUUGAAAAGGAUGGCCUUCUCAUUGCAAUCAAUAUCUCUAUCCCAGAUGAUGAUCUUGUCCCAGAAAACAAGGAGCAUGUCCGUGCUUUCAUGGAUUACCAAGGUUUCAUCGCUAAAGUUUCAGAACAAAAUCCAAAGGAUGUCGAGCUUUCAUUCUACGUCCACGCUGAUCCAAAGGGAAGCCUUCCAUCCUGGGCAUACAACGCUGUCGUUACAAAGCAGGGUUAUGCUGCUAAGGGUGUCAGAGGAAAGAUCAUUAAGGACCAUGAAGCUAAGUAA